AUGGGUCCACAAGCUCUUCAAGGUUUGUGUGACAUUUUGCGAAGAAAUGGUGAUCUUCAAGACACACAACGUGUCACGGUUGAAGAGCAAGAUUGUUUUGAGGCACCUGAUGGAACACAUGUUCAUGUCAAAGUGUCUAACGAAGAUGCACCAAGAUAUUGGGGUAGGAAGGGUUACCUAACACAAAAUGUGUUGACAGCAUGCUCGUUUGAUUUAAAAUUCACAUACGUAUUACCAGAUUGGGAAAGAACUGCUUCAGAUUCAAGAAUAAUAAAGAGUGCUUUAACUAGAAAUGAUAACUUGAAAAUCCCACAAGGUAAAUAUUAUCUUGUUGAUACGGGAUACAUGAAUAGAAGUCGUUUGAUUACAUCUUAUAAGAGGGUGCGUCAUCAUUUAAAAGAAUACUCUACUUGUCCCCUUGAAAAUGCGAAAAAAUUGUUUAAUUUGCGACAUGCGUCACUGCACAAUGCUAUUGAAAGAAUAUUUGGUGUACUGAAAAAGAGAUUUCCAAGCAUAGCAAGUACUACAAAGCCUUCUUAUUGUGUUGACACACAAAAUGAAAUCAUUUUAUCAUGUUGCAUAUUUCAUAAUUAUUUAAUGGGUGUCGAUCUUGAUGAAAGUCUUAUUGCUGAAGUUGAUGAAAAGGUUUUACAUUCUCAUCAUGGACGUAUGGCCCCCACUCCAAGAGAAGACGAUGAGGAUGCAAGGCAAUGA